GUGACGUUCCAAGAGGAAAUGUUUUCUCUCGGGGAACAGCCCUCUAGGAUUAGUUGUUGCAGAAAGAAUGACCGGGGAGGACCCUGAGCGUGGAAGGACACAGUGCCUCCCUUGUGUCCAGGUGGGCUGUCAGAAGGCUGAGAGCAUCCUUCUUCCUACUGCUGGCUGCAGCCAGGUAAUCCUAGUGUGUACGCCAAGCCUGUGAUCAAGUCCCAAGGAGAAAAGCUGUCAUUUUCUGAAAGAAAACACAAAGAAGUUGCAGCCAGUGGCCUUUACCACCAUGGAGACCAAGGAUGAAAAGGCCAUCCAGGAGGAACCCACGUCCUCCAGCAGUGGGACAGCGACAGUGGAAGACAAGCUUAAGGUGAUUAAAGCUGUUAAAAAGGAAGAUGCAGAUGUCAGUGAAAUCCAGCAGUUGCUGGACGGAGGGGCUGAUGUCAACUGCCAGGAAGAGGCGGGCGGCUGGACGCCUUUGCAUAAUGCAGUCCAAUGUGGCAGGGAGGACAUUGUGGAUCUUCUGCUCCGUUACGGUGCCGACCCUCACCAGAGGAAGCAGAAUGGGGCCACUGCCUUCAUCAUCGCUGGCAUCGUGGGAAACGUGGAGCUGCUGCAGCUUUUCCUUUCCAAAGGAGCAGAUGUCAACGAGUGUGACUCUAAUGGCUUCACAGCGCUCAUGGAAGCGGCUGGGCGUGGUCACGUGGAAGCCCUUCGAUUCCUUUUUGAGAAGGGAGCCUCGGUGAAUUUGCAUCGGAACACCAAGGAGCACCAGAAGCGGCUUAGGAAAGGCGGGGCCACCGCGCUCAUGGAUGCUGCCGAAAGUGGCCACGCAGAGGUCGUGAGGCUUCUCCUCGAGGAGAUGGGGGCGGACGUCAAGGCCAGGGACAACAUGGGCAGAAAUGCCUUGAUCCACGCUCUUCAGAGCUCCCCCGAUAGCCAUGUGGAGGAUGUUACCCGCCUUCUGCUGCGUCAUGGGGCUGAUGUCAACGUGAGAGGAGAGAGAGGGAAGACGCCCCUGAUCCUCGCGGUGGAAAAGAAGCACGUUGGUUUGGUACAGAUGCUUCUGGAACAGCAGCACAUAGAGCUUGAUGAUACCGACAGCGAGGGCAAAACAGCACUGCUGGUUGCCGUGGAGCUCAAACUGAGAAGGAUGGCGGAGCUGCUGUGCCAGAAGGGGGCCAGCACCGACUGCGGGCCGCUGGUGAGGAUGGCGAGGCGGAGUUACGACCAUUCCCUGGUCAACCUUCUCCACCAAUAUGGAGCCAAGGAACAGUUCCACCCGCCUGCCGAGGACUGGCAGCCUCAGAGUUCACGCUGGGGACCAGCCCUGAGAAAGCUCCACGGAAUGUACCGCCCUAUGAUUGGCAGACUCAAGAUAUUUAUGGAUGACGACUAUAAAAUUGCUGACACUUCUGAAGGGGGCAUCUACCUGGGUUUCUUUGAGGAGCAAGAGGUGGCUGUGAAGCUCUUCCCGGAGGACAGCGCGCAUGCAGAAAAGGAAGUCUCCUGUCUGCAGAGCUGCCGGGAGAACAGUAACGUGGUGACAUUCUACGGGACAGAGAGCAACAAGGGCUGUUUAUAUGUGUGCAUUGCCCUCUGUGAAGAGACUCUGCAAGAGCACUUGGAUGUGCACAGAGGGGAGGCUGUGGAGAAUGAGGAAGACGAGUUUGCCCGAAAUGUCCUACUAUCUAUAUUUAAGGCUGUUUUUGAACUGCACUCGUUGCAUGAAUACACGCAUCAGGAUCUGCAGCCAGGCAACAUCCUGAUAGAUUCCAAGAAUGCUGUUCGCUUAGCAGAUUUUGAUCAGAGCAUCAAGUGGACUGGAGACCCGCAGGAAAUCAGGAGAGACCUAGAGGCUCUUGGACGGCUGGUCCUCUAUGUGGUAAAGAAGGGAGAGACUCCUUUUGAGGAGCUGAAGGCUCAAAGCAAUGAAAAGGUGGUUGAACUUUCUCCAGAUGAAGAAAUUAAGGACCUCAUUGAUCACCUGUUCUGUCCUUGGGAAACCGUGAAGGACCAUCUGGGUGACCUUCUGAGUCAUCCUUUCUUUUGGACUUGGGAGAAACGCUAUAGGGCACUUCGGGAUGUGGGAAAUGAAUCUGACAUCAAAUGUGGAAAAACUAAAAGUGAGAUCCUCAAACGACUAAAACCUGGGUCAUCUGAACCUCCCAGAAGUUUUGACCAGUGGACAUCUAAGAUUGACGAACAUGUUAUGAAAGCCAUGAAUAAGUUCUAUGAAAAAAAAGGCAAUUUCUACAAGGACACUGUGGGUGAUCUGCUGAAGUUCAUCCGGAAUAUGGGAGAACACAUUAAUGAGGAAAAAAACAAAUGGAUGAAGAAGAAAAUUGGAGAUCCUGCCUGUUAUUUUCAGAAGACAUUUCCAGAUCUGGUCAUCUACGUCUAUAGGAAGUUACAGGACACAGAAUAUAGAAAGCAUUUUCCUCAGACCCACAACCCAACCAAGCCUCAGUGUGACAGAGGUGGCCGCAGAGAGGCUGGCCAGCCCUAAGGGCUGAGUCUUUCAAGUUCAAGGAGCCACUUAUGAGCUGUGUGGUUCCUGGCAAUCACAACUCUCUGAGCCUCUGAGCUACCCCGGUUGCUUGUGAGGGAUGAGUUGGACAGCAUGUGUCAGUUUCUGGCACAGGCAUGCCACACAUUGGUAACAAAAGCAGUGUAUGUCCAGACGACACUAGUCCAUUAUAGUGGGCGAAGCUUAUUGGCAGGGACUGGGAGGGCACCCUGCUAAGUUUCCUCUUGUCUACUUCAACAAAGGAACAAGUGCCAAGACCUCUCGGGCCACGUGUUUUACAAUGAUUAUUCAUUUAAUUCUCUGAAUGACCUCACAUAAUAGUAACCAGAAUUUAUUAUCCCCAUCGGAGGACCUGAGUCUCAGAGUAGCUCAAACUUGCCUGAGAUCAUACAACCUGCACAGAGCAAUGCAUAAUUGAGUGUGUUGUUAUCGUUACCUCUUACUUGGGUACUUUUAAAACUUAAUUAGCAGCCCAGGGCUUCCUUGGAUGAGACCCUAAAGGAAUAUGCCAAAAGAAUCCCAGAGGCUCAUUCAUUCACUCACGUGUGUACGUCUAGGUACUAGUUGUGUGAAUUCAUUCCUAUAAGCACCUGCACUGGUGUUCCAUGACCUCAAGGUAGUAGCUCUCAACUGGGGCAAUUUUGCUCCUCAAGGGGCAUUUGUCUGUGGCUGAAGAAGUCUUUGGUGUCACAACUCUGGGAGAGAAUGACACUACUGGCAUUUAGUAGGUAGAGGCCAGAGGUGCUGCCAAACAUUCUUUGAUGCACAAGACAACGCUCCCCCUACUCCAUUAUGAAAUACCCAGAUCCGAUCGUCAGCGGUGCUGGGAUGGAGAAAUCCUGUCCUAAGGCGCUGAGACCCUUCAGAACCGGCUAGGGGCACCCAGCAGAGGAGCGACUUGGGAUUUCUUUUCUUGCUGCUAUGUCUGUAAUGGAGCAGCUCCUUCUGCUGUCGACCCCUUGGGAAGUCCCCCUCCACCCCCAUCCCAUGCCCCACUCCCUGCUCAACACAUGCUUCCCUCCACCCAGUAGCUUCGAUUUCCCGACUGGAAUUGAAGUUCCUGAGGGCCAAUGACCAUCUAUUUUGGAAUUUGCGUCUUCACUGCUUAACAAAAUAGCUGUCUCAUGGUAAUGCUCAAUAAAUAGCCAUUGAAUAAUUACUAUUUAUUAUUGAUCAUGUACAAAGAAGGAGCCACCUUUGUACAUGAAUAAUAAUGCUACUUUACAUGUUUUAUGGUGCUUUCCAAUUUAUUCAUAUCUCAUUAGAUUAUCUCAUUCGAUUUUCAAAUGAGAUAAUCUUGUCAAGUAAGCAUUGAAAUCCUUGUUUUGCUGAUGGGGACUCUAGGGUUAGAAAUACUUUGAUGCACUCUAGGACAUAACCAGGGAGUUGCCACUGUCUUUGAAUAGAUUUUCCGGCACUAAGUUUGGUGUUUGUUCCACUUACCAUCAUGGUGGCUAAGCUAAGACAGAGCUUUGGAAUGGGAAUAUGAUAGUAUCUUAGGCUCUCUGUGUAAAGGAGGUGUUCAAUGCUGGAUAAAUUGUUGUGCUAAAGAGAGGUAAGAUGUGCUAGAAGAAACAAACUGAAGGACUUUUUAAAAAUGAAGGUCUUAUGAGCAGCAAGAUUGCUUUAGGUUUCAAAAUUAAGUAUUGGUUUUCUAAUAUAUAAUGAAUAUUUGAAUAUGUCCGUCAAAAUGCC